UAUUAUUCAUCAGUAUUCUUUCUAUUUUUAUAAAUAAUAUAUAAAUAUAUUUACAUCCUUAAUUUUAAAAUCGAACACCGCUUAGCACUUCUAAGAUGGCUAUAAAGUUGAUCGCAUUCGCCGCGCUGGUCGCCGGUCACAUGAUGGUGUUCGCCUAUCCGCCCGAGUACAGCAGCUACAACGCACACGACCAAUACGCGCACGCGCCCGCCCCGUACAGCUUCGAGUACGGCGUGCACGACCCGCACACGCACGACGUGAAGAGCCAACACGAGUCGAGCGACGGACACGGCAACGUGAAGGGAUCGUACAGCCUGUUGGAAGCCGACGGGUCCACCCGCGUGGUCGAGUACACCGCGGACGACGUGCACGGGUUCAACGCGGUCGUCAAGAAAGUCGGUUCGCCCUACUACCACGGUCAGCCGUCGUCAGCCGACUACCACCACGGUCACCAAAACGUCUACCCGUCCGGCUACCACUACUAAACCGAACCGCGAGGGAGUAAGCGUAACACCGUUCAUUUCCGAGAAGAGGAAAACCAUCCGUUUCCGACACGACUUCAACAAUCUAUCAUCUAACAUCGUUAUACACGGUCGGAUAAUCAUUAAUAUUGCUCGUUAUUCGAAUAAAAAAUACUUAAACAAACUAAA